GCGUCACGGGGGGCGGCGGCGGCUGCACGGGCCCGGGGCGCCGCCAUGGAGAGCGCGAACCAGGAUAUCAACCUUAACUCUCCCAACAAAGGUCUGCUGGCCGAUGCCAUGACAGAUGUUCCCGUGGAUAACGCGGCCCGGGGCGCUGCUCCCGAGGGAUUGACUCUGGCCGAGGAGGAGGAGCUGAGAGCCGAGCUCGCCAAGGUUGAAGAAGAAAUUGGUACUCUCAGACAAGUUCUGGCUGCCAAAGAGAGGCACUGUGGAGAGCUGAAGAGGAAGCUGGGUCUGACUCCCUUGGAUGGGUUGAAGCAAAACCUGUCCAAAAGCUGGCACGAUGUCCAAGUCUCCAAUGCUUAUGUGAAAACAUCUGAGAAACUUGGAGAGUGGAAUGACAAAGUGACACAGUCUGACUUAUAUCUUUCAGCCAGCAGCACACUGGAGGACUGGAAUGAAAAAUUAACUCAAUCAGAAGCUUAUAAGAAGACCCAGGAAACCCUUUCCCAGGCAGGACAGAAGACUUCAGCAGCCCUUUCCAAUGUAGGUUCUGUUAUCAGCAGGAAGCUUGGUGACAUGAGGAAUUCUGCAACCUUCAAGUCCUUUGAAGAUAGAGUUGGGACCAUAAAGUCCCGAGUGGUGGGCAGCAGGGAGAACAGCACUGACGGCCUCCACUCCCCGUCUGGAGCUGGGGACAAGCCUCCACAAGACAACACUCCCUUCUAGACCUGGAUGUGGCUUUGCACAGCUGUGCACAACUGGAAGAGCCCCCUCCCUCCCAGACCUUCACCACAGCAACAACAUGUGAAUCCAAGAAGGGGCUGAGCGCCAGUCUGGAGAGAUCCAUCCUUCAUUCAUAGACACUGCUGCUGGAUCCAAGUCAAAUAAAGAGAAUGCAAAGUUUUGUACACAAAUAAUAUUUUACACUAAAGUUUGUAGAUUAAAUGUAUCACUGCUGUCCUUUUAGGAGAGCAUGUAAGCUGGAGUUUCCUUAAAGUAGCUCAGAAAUGCCACUUCUGUGGAUGAAAACAGUUUUCCCUUGUCUGACAUAGCUUGGAGCAGAUACAUGGCCCUGAGCAGCAUGAGGAGGGCAGUAACUGGAGAAGCCAAGUGCAUGGGCACCUUAGCUUCAGCUUCUGGCUCUGUUCUCUGUGUGGGCUACUCUGGGAGCUCCCAGGCUUCUCCUGUUACUGUUUUCUCUGGCUCUCAUUGGAGCUGUUAGGUAGAUGGGGUUAAACAGUUGGGGUUUUUUCUGGGUUUCUAAAAGGUAAACUUCGCUUAGCAGCUGCCUCGUUGUUACACUAAUGCUCUAGCUUUAACAAAACUAAGAAUCUUUAUUUUUAAAUGCAAUGAACUUUAAAGAAAUAAAGCUUAAAAACAAAAAAAAAAAAGCUUUGGCAUAUUAGGGCAAUGCUCCCUUGGACUCUGAAGCUGAAUUGCAAAGCCUUACAUCAUUUAUGCUUUACUUGUUUAUGAUUUAUUUUCUGUAGAGAAGACUGCAAGGGUUCUAAAGCUGGUUGUUGAGCACUGGAGUUUUGCAUCAUGCAGUCAUAGCAGCAUGUUUAUAAAGCCAGUUCUUGUGUUAAAUUCAGUGGUGCACUCUGUUUCCCGAGUGUAUGAAACUUGCUUCUCCCUUCUCGGCUUAUCCCUUCGUUCUCGGAGGAGGAAUUUCUGAAGGCUGGAAUAUGGAUACCAUUGGAGGGACUCUGCUCUGCUCUCCGAGGGCUCCUCCAGCUGGUACAUCUGGCUGUGACUGGAUGGGUUUCUCAGUUGAAAGCCCCAGCUCUAAUUUUGGUUUACAAAAAACGGGCAGAGUCAUGGAGCUCACCCAGUCCCUCCAGGGGCUGGAUGUUUUGCUCUUUUGAUGUCCAACUUCAUUGCUCAGGAGCUGACAAAUUCCAAGUUUUCUCCUAGAGGCCUGAUUUUAUUCUAGGCAAGGUGCCUCCACAUAGAAAUACCUAGAGUGAGCAAUUCUGUGCCUUAGAGGCGAAGUGGGACUUACUCAGGUCUUUAAACUUAUGUACAUAUCUGGUAGUUUUAGUGGUUUAUCACCCCGGAGGGACUGAACUGCCUCUGACCCUUUAGAGAAGCAAGUUUUGACACUGAUUUGAUUAAUCUCCAUUUCCCCCACCCCUGCUUCCCUCCCUCUGCAGACCUGGGGACAUGGGAUGAGAUGUUAGUGGGCAGAUGUACUAGGCCAUAGGUGGAGUGUAGAGUGUCGUUCAUGUGCAUUCCUUGUUUGACUGGAACUGGCCUUCCUGUGAGGAGCAGAGCCAGUGAAAUGGGGACUGCAGGAGCUUGGGUUUGGAACUGUUUCUCUUUAAGACAAAGACUGAAGAAAACUGUCAAUAAAGAAUUCCUUUGUGAGAAAA